ACGACACCAGAAAAAGUAGAUUUGUCGCUACUUGCUUUUGAGAAAAUGUCACCAAGAGGGUUUGGGAUGUUGCUAGAUUUAGCAAGGCAGUCAUGUUGGCAGCACUGAUAGUGGAGCUCUACGCAUCCAUGAAUCACGCAUGCGCAAGGCGCAAUGCCACCGGGGUGGACCUCGCUCUGUUUUUCAGAGCCGGAUCUAAAAUGUAAAUGUAUCUUAAUCUUCAUUAACUUACUACUCAUACUCAAGCCUCAUUAAACAAGUAGUCCUAACUACAAGAUAAGUGGUGGAGACGGGAGGCGAGUUUGGAUGUAAUUACUACACUGUCUAGACUUUGAGAGGCGCUGGCUGAGAUAAAAUAUGACAGUUAUUUUAUUUUUGUGAAGUGAUGGCCAAUUUUAAAUGAACAAACUAAGAAUCAAGUUGACUUGUAGUUCUAAACAUGAUUAAGGUGUUUUUUACUUUUUUGUCUCUCCUGAGGUUAUGCUUUUUUCCUACAGCCUAAAAAAUUGCAUAUUGUUUGUAUGCAAAUGAUCAUGAUGCUCUCUCUUUAAAACAAUGGCUAUCACAACUACCUCACUUCUGCCAAGUGUGACGGUUGUGAUAUCUAUGUUUUGAAGACAGGAAAUCAUGAAAAUCUGCAUGCAAACAAUGUGCAGGUUAGCCAACGACUUCUAGUGAUUUCUAGGACAGCCAAUAGCGACUUGUCUUACUGAGGAGCCAGCAAUAGUGGGGAGGAGGCAGAGAGUUGGGUCUCCCUGGCUGGAAAAGAGCGAAGUGUUUCAGUUGCUUGUUGCCUGUGUCACCAUCACGCUGCCAACACCAUUUUCCUACAAACUCUGUGAGCAAAGAUCCUCUGAAAACCCCAUAGGACAACUUCUUGCUUACUUUGGUGACGUUGAAGAGAGCUUCAACAGGACGCAACAACCUUCUUUCCAGUCAUGUUUUCCAAGGCCACUGCCAAAUUUGUCCGCCAGGUUGACCCAGAGGGAAGACUCAUCCACGUGUCUUGCAUCAAUGACUCCAAAAAGCUGGUUCCGAUGGCUCUGGUGGUCAAACGCAAGCGCAUCUGGAUCUGGCAGAGGACCAAAUAUCAACCAACCGAUUUCAACCUAAGUGAUCUGUUGCUGGGAGACGAGGUGCUUGCGCCCGAUGUGUCCCAGGCCGAAUUCCUGACCUACAACAGCAUUUAUGGAGACAAACUCAUGGCCACGCUAGAAGCUGAGGCAGGCUCUGUCGGCCUCACGCUCGAGGGUCGGGGCACGUCCAAUCUCUUGUCAUGCUUUGGCAAGCUGAGGAAAAAGGAAAUGGAUGUGAAGAAGUUGUUACAUGACUCCAGAAACAGGCUGGUGGACAUGCAGCAUGUGUUGGUGCAGCAGCUGGAGAAGCGAGCCGAGGUUUUGACCGUGGUCAAAGAGACAAUCUUCACUACCUCCGCUUGCUCCGUCACGCAAACCAAAAAGGAAAAGUGCACCUUUCAUGGAAUGGUGGGGCUGAUGGAUGCAUUAGGGGGGUCUGUUAAGGUUUGUGUCAAGGACAGCAAUGACAUCGAGGUGGACAGUAAUGUCAUUUUGGAGAUCCCCACUGAUACGGUCAUUGCAUACAGCAUUAUGGAACUGGAAAUUCAAAAAGAUGGACACUAUGAGAUAUGCCUCCAGCCCGGAAAGAUAGGGGGCUUUCAGGCCGACAUGGUCAGGUCGUGGUCCUCCCAUGACUCCCUGGACGUGGUGGACGGCAGGUGCCUUGGAUCUGAGAUGGAAGAUCUGUCUCCGCUGGCUGAGCUUCCCCAAGCAACUGGACUUGCCUUGUUUCGUAAACUUAAAGACAUUCUGACAGACAGAGUGACUCUGUCACAACUGCAGUGUGAGCUGGAGAAGUUAUGCUUUGGUGAACAAGCUGACGCAAUGCAGCUGGAGGAGCUCUCACACAGUCAAAAUGAAUUACUGUCAGCCGUUCUGGAUCUUCUGGGCAGCACUGCUGCUCCCCUGAACGCAGCUCAUCUGUUGGUCAGUGCCCUAGAAGAGUUGCCUGAUGAAAGUCUGAGCCUUAUGGGGGACAGUCAGCCUGAAUUCUUUGAGGCCUUCAGUAGCAUGAUGAUGUUGACAGAGAAAAGCCUGCGUUUCCCCAUCCAGGAUCUUCCCACUCCUCUGCAGAAAGAAGAAGCGUUACAUCGUGCAGAGAGGCUGCUCAGCUCCAUCGGUGUGACGCUGAGGAAGGACCGUGAUGUCCUGUGUUUGGAGACAGGAGAAACAACUGCAGUGGACCUUUUGGUCCUCAGCCUUGGCACACAUGGGCUGGCUUUGAUUUGUAGCGGGCAAAAAGCGGCCAGUUUGUAUUAGGGCAGUGAUGUUCAAAGUGUGGCCCGGGGGCCAUUUGUGGCCUGCGGCUGUUUUUGUAAAAAUAUAAUUUAACAAGAAAACUAGAAAAAAAAAAAGCCAAAAACUACAAAUUCAGCUGUAGUUUUACAAGAAUAAGCUCAAAAUAUUAAGAGAAAAAACUUGUAAUCUAGCAAGACAAGGUCGUCAUUUUAUGAGAAUAACGUAAUAUUGUGAGGAAAAAUAACGUAAUUUUACCAUCAGAAAGUUGAAGUAUGCCAAACAAACAAAACAACGAGAAAA